AUGGUUGUGCCGCCCAUUAUAUCCAUGCCGGCCACCAUUUUCACAAAAAUAUAUCUUGACACUAUGAGAAUGCCUGAAGUAGAUGGUGUCAACGCAAUCAUAGCGGCAAGGGACGACUUAUCACGCGUUACCGAGGUCCGGGCGGUGUGGAGUGGAGACUCAGAGCAAGCAGCUGACUUCUUGUGGGAGCAAAUAUACUGCAGAUAUGGGCACUUUGUGUUGCGAGAAGCUCUAGUAAAGGAGUGCGACGGGGACCUGACAAGAUGGCCCUAUUUGCUUCCGCAUGCGGCAUUCACAGAUCGAAUCACUGUCAGUCGAGUAACGGGUGUUUCACCAUUCUAUGCGCUUCAUGGAGUAGAGCCGGUGUUACCCCUUGAUCUCACUGAGGCUACAUUUAUGGUUGAAGGAUUUAGGCAGGGAAUGUCUAGCGUUGACCUGUUUGUGCUUCGCAUGCGUCAACUAGAGAAGCAUCCAGAGGAGCUUGCACGCGCGUCGCAGAAGCUCAUUGAGCAUAGGCUUCAAUCAAAGGAAUACUUCGAGCGGCGUUUCCAUAAGCGUCUGCGAACAGGGAAAGAAGAUGCCGAGUACUUAAAACCAGGGCAAUGGAUUCUAAUUCGAAACUCUGCAAUAGAAGAACAACUUAACCGUAAAACUAUGCAGCGUUACAUUGGUCCAUUCAUUAUUGUGAGGCAAACUCGGAACGGUGCCUGGGUCAUCAAGGACCCAGAUGGGACAGUGCAUAGACGGGCAGUUGCGGCGUUCAGGAUAGUACCAUACAUAGCGAGAGACAAGAAAACCUUACGGGACCUGGCUGCGCCAGAUCCAGAGCUUGUGAAUGAGAUACUGGAUGAAAUUAUGGAAGAAGUCGAAGAGAUGGAAUCUGACGACGAUCUUUUUCUAAACGGAGCAUAA